CCCGCUCCUGCGCAGCAGCCUGAGCCCGAGCUGUCGCCCGCCACCCGCUGCCCGCCUGCCGGCCCGCCCGCCUGCCCGCCUCGGGCUCUCCCUGCGGGGCGGUAGGGGGAGUGGGGCUGGAGGAAGGGAGGGAACAGAUGCGGCCUCCGAGCGGAGACCGGUUCCGCGCGUCCUAAGCCGAGGCCCCUGAGCCGGCGCCGUAACCGCGAGGGACGAAGACCAGCGCGGAGCAGCGCCCGCCCGGCCCCGGAACGCGCGCCCCGGCUCGCCGCCCAGACACGGACGGCACGGUCCGCCCCGGCCCGGGUGCCGCGCGGUCUCAGCCCGGCCGGCGACCUCGGCGCCUCCGCAAUCCCGGCCGGCUCCCGCGCGGGCCCCGGCGCUCCUCUCCGCCGCCGCCGCCGCCGCCGCCUGUGCCUCUGCCUCCCCCUCUACUCCGCUGCGUCGGCGACCCCACCCCGGACCCCGGACCCACCAAACUCGGCCGCGGCCCGGGCCCUGGCCCCGGAGGCCCAGCCGUGGGUACGAUGCUGCCCAGCUCCAUCCAGAUAUCGGGGGAGCCGCUGUCAGGCGCCGAAGUGCGGGACAUCUGCCGCGGCCUGCGCGACAACGCCGUGCGCCUGCUCUCACUGCGCGGCUGCCGUCUUUGCGACCGCGACUUCGGCCGCAUCUGCCGGGCCCUGGCCGGGGCCACGUCCCUGGCGCAGCUCAACCUUAACCUGGGCGUCGUGUCCAGCCCCAGCCGCAUCAAGCAGCUGGCGGAGGCGCUGCGGACCAACCGCUCCAUCCAGUCCCUCUUCCUGCAUGGGAGCCCUCUGACAGAUGCGGGGCUGGCCUUGCUGAAUCCAGCUCUGGCCCUCCACCCUGCCCUCGUGGCUCUGGACCUGGGGGACUGCAUGCUGGGUGAUGAAGCCAUCAACCUCAUCUGUGGCCUUCUCCCCCCUGAUGGGGCCAAGUCUGGCUUGAAGGAGCUGACGCUGAGCGCCAACCCUGGCAUCACCCCUAAGGGCUGGAGCCGCCUCGCCAUUGCCGUGGCCCACAGCUCCCAGGUCCGCGUCCUCAAUCUGGACUACAACCCUCUGGGUGACCAUGUGGCAGCGAUGCUGGCUGUAGCUGUGGCCUCCAGCCGCACCUUAGAGGUCCUAGACUUGGAGGGUACAGGGCUCACCAACCAGUCAGCUCAGACCCUGCUGGACAUGGUGGAAAAUUACCCCACAGCUUUGCGGAGUCUGGUGUUGGCUGAGAACAGCAUUAGCCCGGAGCUGCAGCAGCAGAUCUGUGACCUCCUCUCUGAGGGGGAGGAGGAGGAGGAGGUGGCAGGAGGGGCUGGCGACACCCAGGAACGAGAGAGAGGGCGGGAGCCUGCUGCCCACCAGAGGGGCAGUAGCUCCUGGAUGUGCCCCAGUGAUCCCAGCUCUCAGAUGGUGCUAAUGACGUCAGGACUAGGGGACAGUCUGUUGGCUGAGACGGAGAUGUGACUCUCCAUUCAGGCUUCUGCGCGUCAUUACAUUUGCAUCUCCAGCACUUUGCCCCAGAUGUCAGGGUCAGGCCCUGGGGCUUAGGAGGGUGGGGGGUUGGUGUGCCUGGGGCUCUGGCAGCUCCUGGCAGCAUGGUGGGAGGCUCUGAAAGCUGUGACUAAACAAAAUCGUUGGGGGCACUGGAACCCAAGGCAAUGCUGGACUUGUUGGCAGCUCUGGCUGCAGCCCGCUGGCUCGGAAGAGAUUUUAUGAACUCGACAA